AUGGUGAAGUCGAGAGUCUGUUGGAACUGGACUUUAGGGGAAAGAGUACAAAGGAUGAACUCCUCAAUUUCCUCAUCAUCUUCAAUGUCGCUGUCCUCCUCAUCAUCCUCUUCUUCAUCAUCUUCUUCGUCAUCUUCGUCCUUCUUAGCCUUAGAAGACUUCUUGGACUUGGCUGGCUUUUCCUCUUCCUCCUCCUCUUCCUCUUCUUCGUCGGAGUCCAACUCAUCGGCCUCUUCCGCCUCCAAGUCGUCUUCAUCGUCAUCAAUGAAAGCUCUCGAUCUCUUCAAGAUUCUGAUAACGGAAGGUUCUUCCUUGUCAUCGACAGCUUCUGGGUCCACAGCUGCCAUGGUCAAUCUGACGGUGACAGGGAACUCAUCGUCCAAAGCUGGAGUAGGGUUGAAAGGCUCAAGAGCCAAGUUGUAUGUGCUAAUUGGAAGCAAAGAAGACAUGUUGUUAAAAGAAGUGGAGAGGGGAAAAAAUACUAGAGAAAUAUAUGGCUAUCUAGGCAGGAGAGAUGAGCAGAAAAUUUUGUGCACACCAAAACGUGUAGAAGCAAUAUGGAAAAAGUGGGAAUAG